AUGAAGACAGUGGCUAGUGAAAGUCCUACAAGAAAAUCCUCCACUUCAUCUCUGUGUGAAGAAGUUCUUAAAAAGUCCCAAGAGGCGUUUUCAUCCGGAAAAACCAAGUCUUACUCGUUUAGGCUGGAACAGCUACAAGCUAUGGUGAACAUGUUGGAAAGACAUGACACUGAAUUUGUUGGCGCUCUGGAGAAGGAUAUGCACAAGCCCAGGUUUGAAACCACCUUAUCGGAGAUCACUACUGUGAAAAAUGAAGCCAUUGAUGCGAUGAAUAACCUAGAACAAUGGAUGGCACCUGAACCUGUGCAGAAGAGUAUGACUUCAUUUUUGGACAGCUGCUUUGUUCAAAAAGAACCAGUAGGUGUAGUUCUGAUUAUUAGUGGCUGGAGUUUACCAGUACAGCUUUGUCUCAUACCAAUGGUUGGAGCAGUGGCUGCAGGUAACUGUGUGGUACUGAAGCUGUCGGAGACCUGUUCUCACACUGCGCAUCUGCUGCAAACACUAGUUCCUCUCUAUCUGGAUAAUGACUGUUACCAGCUUAUUUCUGGAGAACACACUGGACUACUGGAAAUUCUGGAGCAUAAAUUUGAUCAUGUCUUCUAUAUAGGUGAUAAUAUGACAGGUAGGCAGGUGAUGCAAGCGGCAGCCAAACAUAUAACCCCUGUAUCUUUGGUCCUCGGAGGAAAAAACCCUUGCUAUGUGGACAAGUCAUGUGAUCUUGCGGUGGCUGCUCAUAGGAUUGCCUGGGCAAGGUUUAUUAAUGCAGGCCAAAAUUCACUGGCUCCGGAAUAUAUUCUUUGUCAUUUGGAUAUUCGAGAUGCCCUAAUCCAUGAGCUGGAAAUGUGCAUCCAUGAAUUUUAUGGCAAAAAUCCUCAAGAUUCUCAGCACUAUGGGCGCAUGGCAAGUUUGGACCAAUACAGAAGAGUUAAGGAUUUUCUGUCCUGUGGUCAGGUGAUUAUUGGAGGACAGACUGAUGACAGUGAGCGAUAUAUUGCCCCAACAGUUCUGAUUGAUGUGAAUGAAUCAGAUCCAAUUAUGAAACAAGAAAUUCUUGGACCAGUCCUCCCCAUCUUGACCAUCGAAUCUUUGGAAAAGGCCAUUCAGUUCAUCAACAAGAAGGAUAGACCUUUAGCUGUAUAUGUCUACUCUAAUAACACACAGGUCAUUUCAGAAGUUAUGUGCAAUACCUCUAGUGGCAGCUUCUGUUCAAAUGACAGUAUGGUCCAAAGUCUGUACACAAGACUGCCUUGUGGGGGUGUAGGAAACAGUGGUGUAGGAGUAUAUGGUGGGAAGUUCAGCUUUGAUGCCUUCUCUCACAGCCGUGCCUGUCUCCUGCGCAACACUUCCAUUGAGUGUGUCACUUACCUGCGCUAUCCUCCCUAUGCUGAGAAGCAGCUGCGUCUCAUGCAGUGGGCGACAUCUAUCUCCAGAACAAACUGGUGUUGCAUAUCGUAA